AUGCAAUUCACCCUGAUGUCUGCUGGGCAAAACCCCGCCAUCUUGUCUUGGGUCGAAGAAGUUGCGAGGAGCGUGUCCAAAACCCCGCCUAAUACCGAACGGCUCGAGGAACCGGUGGGCAACCUAACGAGGCCUGCUUCAGCUCUAGCAUCUCAGCACAAACGCAAGAGGUCGGUGUCUGACGCUGAGAAUCCAACGUCGCAGUCAGAUCCGCCUAAGAGACCCUACCGAACAGUCUCUGAAACAGCAUCCACUGUUUCCGUCCGCCUACCUGACGACAUUGUCUCUCUGACCUCUUCAAGUUCCGCGGCUAGUCGGGGUGGCCGAUCCCGUUUAUCGAGUCCGUCACGCGUGAAAGCUGAACUGCCGCCAAUCCCCGAGUUAUCUAUGCACAUGAAUCUGCCGAUCCGCGAAGCCUCGCCGCAAGUCAGCUACUUGCUACUCUAA